AUGUUGAUUCCCUUGGCGACUGCGCUCUUAUCCAUUGCUGCUCUGGCACCAGAGGCUCGUGCUCUUGCAGUGCCUUCACCACAGGCGCCUCUCGCCAGAAGGGAUAACCUCGACCAGAUAAUUCUUCCUGGCUUCCCGCACCCCAAUCCUACAGUCUCAUAUUGGCAAGAGCCACCACACCGCAUCGCCAAUCUCCGCACCACUCCAGAGCUCCCAACAUCUGAGGUCUUUGACUAUGUCAUUGUCGGCUCGGGUAUAUCAGGCGCGGCCGUUGCCUUCAAGUUAUUGUCGCGCGACCCAAGUCUCUCUAUAUUGAUGCUGGAAGCUCGCACGGCUGCUUCCGCCGCCUCUGGCCGAAACGGCGGGCACUGCAAGCCUGGCGACUGGAAAGAGGUGAAAGACUGGGUCGAUCUCUACGGGGAAGAUGAAGCGCUCAGAUUAGGGAAAAUGGAACAGGAUUGCGUCGAUGACGUGCGCGACUUCGUAAGGACGUACAAUGUCUCCAGCGGGUGGCAGGAUGUCGAGACCGCAGAUGUAUACUGGACGAAAGAGGCGUUCGACGAGGCCGUUGAGAUCAAGCAGUUCCAGGACGAACUUGAGAAGCGUCGACCAAACGACGGCCCUUGGAGCAACAAGCGCACCGUGUAUGCAGGCCAGGCGGCGAGAGACUACUGGAAGUGGCCCCAGAUCCUCGGCGCGGUUGCGUAUACCUCGCACACGCAGAACCCGUACCUGACCGUGUGUGCACUGCUCGAGCAGAGUUUGGAGAAGGGCUUGAACCUGCAGACUACGACUAUGGCUCUGAGCAUCGACAAAGUGAACAGCUCGGACGCCGGAGCCAAGUGGGAGGUCAAGACAGAUCGAGGGACCGUGAGGGGCAAACAGGUCGUUCUGACCACCAACAGCUACACCAACGCGCUGCAUCCUGGCCUCGCUAGCACGGGUUUCCUCGUCCCGCAGAGGAAUCAAGUUGCAGCGGUGCACCCGUCGAAAGACACCUCCAACAACACGGUCUUCCGUCGUAGUCAUUCUUACCCCGAUCUCCACAGCGGUAACAACUACAUCGCCAUCCGCGCUCCAGGCGACAUCGGCGCAGGCGAUGUAAUCGUCGGUGGAAGCACAAAGUUCUCCCCGACUCGAGAGAGGAACAUCACGGACGACUCGGUGAUCAACCCCGACAUUGCGGACGAUCUGCACGGCGUAGGCCGCGUUGUUUUCGGGUACGAGAACUGGGGUGAGGAGACGAAGGUUGUGAAAGACUGGACGGGCAUUAUCUGCAACACCCCGGAUGGGUUCCCCGUGGUUGGGGGUCUGCCAAACGAGGAGGGACUCUGGGCUUCGGUGUGCAUGAAUGGACAUGGGAUGGCGUGGGCGUUCCGCAGCGCAGAGGCGCUGGUGCAGAUGAUGGCGGAGGGCGAGACUCCGGAGUGGCUUCCAAAGCGCUUCGAUAUCAAUCGGGCGUGGAAUUACACUGCAGAGAAAUGA